GUCGAUCCUUCAGGCAGGUGUGCAAGUGCGAGUGCUGCCACUGUUGCUUUGCUGUCUCAUCCAACGGAAUAUCAUCAAUGUCUCAAUCUGGCAUGGACUCCGUGCCAGGCCGGCCGCGUCACCUUCACGCCUUGGGUCUUGGGUCUUGCUGCACAGCCUCGUCCCAUGAGGAGGGUCCUGUGGGCAUCUCAACGUCUCGUUUGCGGAUCACAGUUAUGGGUGCAAGCAAGUCUCAGGUGGUCGUGCAAAAAGUGGAUGAGGGCUCCAGGGCCAGCCAGCAUUUUGUUUCUUGUCGUGGCGUCACCGCCAGGUUGGGUCCCCUGAUGGACCGAAGCGUUCUGCAAAUGAGACGGGAACUACAGCCUUGCGAGUCACAAAUGGAUUUGCUCAACGGCCGUCCUCUCCUCACAAGAACAAAAAAAUGUUUCUGCAUGCUGUCAUGCAAAACAUUAUAUGCUUAUUGCUGCUAUCCAUAUUGUGGUCUGAGCAAGAAAAGACUUGUCUCGUUUCACACCAUGGCAGGCAGCUUCGAAUGUAAGCAAACAGCCAGUGUACCAGUAGUCAUCUGCUAAAAGUAUCAUGCCCCAAAACCGACUCGUGUGCUCUAAUAUCAGGCCCCAAACGCCAU